GUGGAUUGAAAAGAAAUGUUCUCAUGCUCAUUACAUAAUAAGAAGAUAAAGGUCACGGUCGCUCGCGGCCGCGGUCGUUUUCUCUGGGGCUGCGCUGCAAAACAAGGCGUGUCUAGAUUCCUAACUCGAAGGCAGCAUCCGGGCCGCAGGGAGCUGUACGCGGGAGCGUGCGAAUGUCAAGGAACCCUCGGCGCUGCGUCACGCUCAGUCGCAGCCGAUAUGUCUGCGCGCGCGCUCGCCCGCGCCGCGCGCCUGGCGCUCGCGUGCGCCGCGCUCGUCGCCGCCGCCGCCUCCUCCAUACUCGCAGGAGCCAGUGAUAACGAUAUUACAUGUAGAAACGACGGACUCUACGCCGACUUCGACACCGAGUGCCAGGAAUACGUGCGCUGCUCGGCGGGCACCGUGCGCGGCCGGUACGCGUGUCCCGCCGGGCGCGUGUUCAGCGACGGCGUCGCCGCGUGCGUGCCGCGCCGCAGCCUGCCGUGCGCGCGCCGCGUGUGCGCGCCCGGGGACGGCCUGGCCUACGCCACCCCGGGGACCGCGUGCCGACACUACUACCGGUGCGAAAACGGCACCGCCGUGGACCAUGCCUGUCCCUCGGGUUCGUGGUUCGACCUGGCACGACAGGCGUGCUCCCGGGGCGCCGGGACGUGCUACGAACCCGUCUGCGCGGGACUACCCGAUGGCAAAUACCCGGACUCCUCGCACGAGUGCCGACGCACUCUGCAGUGUCGCGGAGGCGAGCUCCGCGCCGUGGUGUCGUGCGGAGGAGCCUGCGUGAGCGCGUGCCCGCCGCCGCGCUCCGCCGCCGUCCCGCUGCCCGCUGGGGACGCCGACUUCUGCUCGGACGAGGCGUGCUCGUCGCUGUGCCAGCACGCCGCGGACGGCGCGUACGCGGACCGCUCCGCCGGCUGCCGGGAGUACUUCGUGUGCGAGUCGCACCGCGUCACCCGGCGCGGCGUGUGCGAGCCGGGCCUGCUGUUCUCGGGGAGCGGCUGCGAGCCGGCGGCGGGGACGUCCUGCCCGCCGCCCGCGCGGAGCCCCUGCUUCAACCGCCCGGACGGCCUCCACAGGGACUGGCGGAAUUGCGCGUCGUGGUUCGAGUGCCGGCGGGAGCGAGUGACCGCGCGGGGCGCGUGCGAGACGGGUGCCGUGUUCGACGGCGUCGGCUGCGUGCCCCGGGAGUCUUUUUACUGCGAAGGGCCCGAGCCAGCUGCGGAGUGCGAGGGGAUGCCGAGCGGCACCUACCAGGACCUCGAGUCGAACUGCACGCGGUACUUCCACUGCUCGGGCGCGCUGCGCACGCGCCUGGCGUGCCCGGCGGGGCGCGCGUUCGACGGCGCGCGCUGCUCGGCGGCGGCGCACGCGUGCGAGCCGGCGCGCGACUCGUGCCGCGGGCGCGCGGACGGGCGCUACCGCGCGGCAGACGCGGGCUGCCGCGGGUUCUACGCGUGCGCGCAGGGCGAGAAGGCGGUGUACGCGUGCGCCGCCGGCCGCGCGUUCGACGGCGAGGCGUGCGUGCCGGCGCACCCCGCCGUGUGCGCGCGGGAGGACUACUCCUGCGCCGGGCUGGCUGACGGCUACCACGCUGAGCUAAAGUCUAAUUGUCACAGGUACUUUUACUGUGAGGGCGGUGACAAACUGGCGACAUUAUCGUGCCAUGCGGGCAAAAUAUUCGACGGCCGAUCGUGCGUCGCGCCCUCCCACCACAUAUGCGGCGCACCACGACAAGGCACGAUCGAACAUGGCGGACGAUACUGCGAGAGAGACGGCUUCUUCGUACAACAGGGAACCGAGUGCAAGCAUUACUACUUCUGCGUGUCCGGCGUCCGGACAUUCCUGACGUGUCCGGCAGAACAGGUGUUCAACGGCCAAGUGUGCGUGCUGAAGGACCAGUACACAUGUCCGGGCUGAAUGCGGGGUAAACGACCCUGACUCAAACAAUCGGCCGGCUGACACUACGCCGGUACGUAGCACGAGCCGAGGACGAGUCCUGACUGCGAGGCGGACCGUGGCGACGUGUCAUUGGCAUUUGUGUAACUUGUUCCUUUUUAUUAAUAAACGGAGUUUUUGUUUGAA